UUUAGAUUUGAUUUUGUGUAGUGAAGAAUACAUAUAUGUCGGGUUGUUUCAUCGCAGCCGCGGAUACGGCGAGCGUUGAGGCGGCGGCGCGGUCUCGUCGUCAUCUAAUCUGCAUCCUACGGUUGGGUCAAAAGGCUGGUUUUGGCGCUCGCUCUAUUUGUUAUGGUUCUGGGAUCGUGGAAUCUGUCAAUUGGAAUUAAUAAUUCCCUGCUAUUUCUUGGACACUUCUUGUGUAGCCAUUAACCUGAAGCGUUUCAAGUGCGUGUUACAUGAAUCAGAGUGAUGGCGAGUGAUGAGGAAUUGAAGAAGGCUCGAACUGUGGAGGCUCGUGCGAGGAAUAUCAGCCACAAUGUCAGAUGUACUGAAUGUGGCAGCCAAUCCAUUGAAGAUUCACAAGCAGAUGUUGCUAUUUUGCUCAGAAAGCUGAUUCGAGAUGAGGUCCGGGCUGGCAAAACUGACAAGGAGAUAUAUAAAAAGCUAGGAGAGGACUUUGGCGAGGCCGUACUCUAUGUCCCUCGUUUUGAUCUACAAACUGCUGCUUUAUGGUUGUCACCGUUCGUCAUCGCUGGGACUGCAGCCGGAGCAUGGGCGUAUCGGAGGUACAGACAGAAGACCAAUGUGCACAUAAUGGCACUGAACCUUGUUAGAGGUGUUCCCUUGACCCCCACGGAGAAGGAGACGAUGCUUGACCUCCUCAAACCACCUCCAUCUCCAAGAAGAAGAUGGUGGAAUUGAUGUAAGCUAGCAGAUCUGCACAUUUUUUAUCUACAAGUGUGUAUUUUGCUACCAGAGAAAUCCUGUCUGAAAUAAUCAUACGAUUAAUGCAAAAGUUUGGUCGUUAAAAUAGAAGAGCCACUCCAUGAGUUUGGGAAGAGCCA